CACGAGAGUCGACAACAAUGCAAUGCAAGCCACUUGCGUCUUCCUGACUGACUGACUGACCAUCCGUCACACACACAAACACGUGGCCACACCGUCCACCCACCCACCCACUCACCCACCCGAUACCCUCAUGCGGGCAAAUCAUCGUCCUCCUCAUCCCUCACCACAGGGAUCGUCCUCUCACUCAUCCGCCGAGUGGUCAUCGUCUGUGCGGGAGACGGGAACCCACCACCAGUCCCACUGGUGGGCUGCCAAUGUGUGUGGGGGUGGCUGGUGGAGGCGUCGAGCAUCACGGACGCGUCGAUGCGCCUCGCCAGGCCGUCGCAGAGCUUCUCCACCGGCUUGAGGCCGUUCUCGUCUUCCUCUGACGCAUCGGCACCGUAAUCGAUCAGGAUCUGCACACCAAGAGAGAGGGGGAGUCACAAUUGACGGCAGGGACACAUUCGUUUUGGUUUCACCUGCGCCACUCGCCCGUGGCCCAAUGCACAUGCGACAUGAAGGGGCCGGCUUGACUUCGGGUGGAUGAACUCACAACGGGGAUUGGCCAGUCGCUACAGGCAGGCAGACAGACAGACAGACAGGACGGGUGGUGCGUACGCAUUUUCUGCGUCCGUGCAAGUGUGUGGCCACCUGCUCGAGAAUGAACUUGGCAACCUCAUAUUUGUUCAGCCUGCCAGAUGCACAUGCAGCAGAGACGCACACACGUCGAUCACCAGCUGGCGUCUGUCUCCUCUCCCUCUGCUUGGAUGGGUGUGCUGACUUUGCCGCGACAACGAGGGCCCCGUGGGUGGCCCGGAUGAGCCCUGUGUCCAGCCUCAGCUCCAUACACGCAUCGGCCGACUCAGCUAUGAUCUGACGAGACGUCUGUAUAUGGCCCGGCCGCCAACACACACACACACACACACAAACACACACAAACACACACACGCGCGUGUAUGCAUAAGUGCGGGGUGUGUGGGUAUGUGUGUACUCACAUCGUCGCCCAUGUCUCCAAGCCGGGAGAAGAGAGGCGGGAUGACAUCGCCCCUCUCCGGCAAACAACGACCUGCGCGUGUGCAGAAACAAGGCAAUUGGAAGCACGCGUCACCACCCGUCACCCACCUGUCGUGAGCAGGAACCUGACCACUUCACGACGGUUGUUCUGUGGCUGACGGGGAAAUCUGCACACACAAAAACAACGAGAGACGUCCUUGUCUCUGCCAGCCACCCAACCAUGCCAACCACGCAUCCAAUCAUUGACAUACAUUCUCACGAAGCUCAGCCCAUCCCGUGCGUUAGUCGGAUCAACAGCAGCAAGACACAGCGCGAGAGUCAGCGGCGUCCAUCCCUCGUGUGUCUCAAAGAAAUAGGGGUCCCCCUUCCGCCCCGGCCACGGCACCCUGCUGCUGAUGGGCCCCCAAUCGUCUGCCGUGCCGAGAUCCGUGGGCAGUGCCGCCUGUGUCGCGGGGCCAGACCCCAAGGUGACCCUCGGCCGCGCCAUGCCUGCGAUUGAGCCCGGGUCGAUCCCGCGCUCCUCCAGACGGCGGAUGCGGGUCCGCUCAAAGGCCUCAGACUUGGUGAUGCCCUUAGUGACGGCCUCGACAAUGGGGACAUCCCCCUGAUGGAUGGAUGGAGGCAUCAGAGGAUGCCCAUCCUAAUGUUGUGGCCAGGGGUUCCGUUCAUUGAAUGACCCACCCGUGCGAUAGCGAUGUGCAGGGGAGUGAUGCGGGAGUCCUCACUCGACCAACGGUCUGCAGGGGACGGAAGCAACUCUACACAGGUAUACAGACAGGAGCCACCAACAGAGUCCUGUCUCUUUCCCACGUUGUAUGCUGUGCGUGGGAGCUGUCCUGUCACCCACCUACCUUUGCCCGGGAAGUCCAUCAUCCGCACCCCACGAACAGGGUCUGCUCCAUAUGUCAGCAAGAUCUGAACCACCUCCACAUUCUACAAACAGACAGCCAGGCUCGUAUUUGUUGACGUGUCUCUCCCUCCCUCCGCUCCGCCCCCCUUUCCCCCCGCACCGCACCCCUCUGGCAGCAGCGAGUGUGAGCGGCGUGUUUUGGUAGUCCGGCCGCCGGUCCACUGCGUUGACGACCUGUCUGCCCCCCAGUCGGCAUAUCUCCUGCACCAGCCGGGGGCUGCCGCUCCACACGGCGAAGUGCAGGGGCGUCCAUGCGUGCCGGCUCGUCCGUAUCGUCGGGCUGAUGCCCGCCCUCAGAAACAACACCGCCAGACGCACAUGGCCCCUGGUGGACACACAACACAGGUGGUUGAUGGGUCUUAUACGUAUUGCCUUGUCAGCCAUGUUUGUCGCCCACCCCAUGCAAGCGAGGUGGAUUGGCGAGAGGCCGGUGUCCCAGUAGACGGCCUCUGUGCCCUCGCUGGCCACAAUAUCACCGUCGAGGUGAAGAGGCACCACCCCGCCCUUGGCCGCCUCAUUCAGACGCCGAGACUGCACAAACACGUCACCUGCACGGCCAUGCAUUGGGAGCGACAGCAAUCGACGUGUAUGGCUGUGGUGAGGUGUUUAUGCAUGACCACCUGUGACAGCAAGCAUGUCUGCCCCCGCCUUGAUGAGCAUGCCGGCGGUCUUCAUCUUGCCACGAAGGGCACACACAUGCUAAAAAAACAAAAGACAGAGAGAAAAGGCGACAGUGUGUCGACGCAAAGGCCCAUGGCCAUGCCAGUCAACGCACCCACCAGGCAGGUCCAGUCAUGGAAGCCGGUCCUCCUGCUUUUCGCGUUGAGGUUUGUGUUGGCAUAUUUCAUGAGGAACUCAAUGAAUUUCCGCCCGCCCUCGGCACAGACGGGGGAGAUGACUUCACACCCAACAUGCAGCAGAGGGAAGCCGUCCAGCGAGUUGAUGACGUCCUGCCCGUCGACCACCAGCUGACGCAAUAUCAGCUCCUCUCCGCGCAGAGACGCGCUCUGACAGGACAAACAGACAAGAUUCAAUGUGUAGAUGCAGGAAGAAAGGCUGCGUCCGUCUGCAUUUGCUCACGUGCAGGGCUGUCCACUGAUCCUGGGGGUAGUGCGCAAAGACCAACGCACCGGCGCCGAGCAGACAUGUCACGCAAUCCGCCUGGCCCAGAGCGCAUGCCAACCUACACGCCAGACAAAAAGACAGACACGCGGACAGACAGACAGACAGACAGACAGACAGAGAGACAGACAGACAUCGAGCAGAGACAAUCCUUAUCAUUGUCUGUCGUCAUGGGCCUCCCUCCAUCCCUCCGUGCUGACCUCAGCGGUGUCCUUCUCGGCACCAGCUCAUCAACACUAUACACAUUGACGUUGGCCCCUGCCUGGAUGGCACCGUUGAUAGCCGCGAUGUCGCCCUGCUGGAUGGCCACGAACAGUCGCGACGAGGCGUCCAGACUGAGUGGAUCUUCGUCCAGGCGGAUGGAAUGGGCCGCCAGACUCAUCUGAGCGAUAGGCAGAGAUCUCCACACACAUGAGGAGGGGAGACGGGAUGACACUGAGGCGUCUAAGGCGCUUACCUGACACGACGCUUUUCGAGGUCCUCUCGGUGCAAUAAGGGCAGGGUAGAGAGGCUCCUGCCCGGCUCCUUAUCGCAGCCGGCGAGCUUGUGCAU